AUGGAAUACGGCGUUUAUGUUCAGCAUACUUCUGGAGGCAAUAUGAUUCUGGUGUGUCUUUAUGUUGAUGACAUAUUGCUGACAAUGGGCUAUUCUGAUGAGAUGGUCAAGUUCAAAAAGGUGUUGAUGAAUGAAUUUGAGAUGACUGACCUAGGAAAAUUGUUAUACUCUCUAAGGAUGGAGAUUUUAUAUUCUGAGAAAGGUAUCAUUGUGCAACAGCUGAAGUAUGAACUUGAGCUUCUGAAGAUAUUCAAGCUGAUAAAUUGCAAGUCUGCACUCACACUUGCUGAGACGAACCACAAGCUGGAUUCUGAUACUGAGGGUAAUGAUGUAGAUGCUACAACUUUUAAACAGUUGUUAGGCUCGCUAAGAUAUCUCUGUAAUAUUAUCCCUGACAUCUGUUACGCAAUUGGAAUGAUAAGUAGGUUUAUGAACAAAUCAAAGUGGUCACAAUACCAAGCUGUAGUUAGGAUUCUGAAGUAUAUUAAGGGGACUCUGGAGUUUGGAGUUUUGUUCUCUUAUGGAGCUGAAAAAUAUGAAGAUCAAGGUGAUGAAGCAAGUGAAAUUGACGAUUGA